AUGAUUGUUAAACUGACUGGAUCUACUACCUUUUUGGUAACACUAUUUCUGUUUGAGGUUUCUAGAAAUGUUGCCGGAGCUCAUGAGGUGCUUGAGGCAACAAAUGAAACAUUUGUUAGGAUCGGAGACAGUUACUAUCUUAUUGAACGAAAACUUAAAAAAAAUUGGUUUGGUGCCUACGGAACUUGUCGACAACUACAAGCGGAAUUAAUCACUCUUGAAACUUUAGACGAAUUGCGCCUGGUAUCCGAAUACCUUUUAGAAAAUAAAAUUUUCGAGAGAUAUUGGACCUCCGGAACGGAUUUGGGAAACAACGGAAAACAUGCCUGGUUUUCCAAUGGACUGCCCUUGUCAACGGAUUUGUGGUACAAUGGAGAACCAAAUAACAAGAAUAAUGACGAGCAUUGCGUUGAAUUGGGAUCUGAUUGGAGAUCGACACAAGUGCCAGGAAUUAACGAUCGGAAUUGCAACUUUGAGAGUUCUUAUAUUUGCGAAGAAGUUCAGCCGAAAUAUAAUUCAUGUCCGUAAAGGUGUAUAAGAUACAUCAUUGUCAGCUUGAAAGGCAAAUUUUGAAUAAUUUGA